AUGACUUUUAGCCCCAGCAUGAGGGACGUGGCGGAAAUGGGCGCCAAAACCUGGGCCUUGCAACAGUCACUGCUCAUGCCAGGCCUCGGUGCCCCCUGCUGGCCCGGGACUGGAUCACAGUCUCAGCCCUGGUCGACCGGGACCAGACCCUGCGCCUUGCGGGCCCUCCCGGACCUCCCGGACUUCCCCGACCCGCUGCCCCGGCGGGACUUGUCCAAGACGCCACCCCCUCCUGCCCCCUCCCCCUCUCCCCGUGUCCCCAACCUGACCGCCCCUUCCCCCUCCCUCUCUCUCAACCGUUCCGGGUCCUUGAAGACCCCCUUCCGCAUUCCGUGGCCGAUCCCCGAUCUCAGCCCGGGGAAAGUGCUGAGUCACCGUCCGGUUCUUUCCACCCAGCGGCGGCGGCGACAGCACGUGGCGACAGAGGCGUCUUCGUGGUUUGAUCGGAGCCGACUGGGUGUGCAUCUGAAAUGGGGAAGCUGCUCUAGGAAUGGGCCCCCACGGGAGGUGCCGGCAGAGAGCAAGGAGGAUGAGGUGCCCCGGGCUCUGCCAACUGUGACCCCGGGGCUGGGCUGGGCUCCCCCGCCCCUUCUCAUCCCUGCCUCAGGUGCCGGAGGGGCUCCCAUGCAGACCCUGGGGAGAAGAGUAAAUAAAGAAAAAAGUUAUGAUGAAAAGGAUGACGAUGUCCCAGAGGAAGUGGCGGUGGCAAAAAUCUUCACGUUAAAGUGGAAAGUGUCAGACAGCCCGACGCUCCCUGCUUUUACUCUCAGCCACCAUGACCUUCCUAUGGCUUGUAGAUUUAAGCAUAGAGGUGGACAGAGGAGCGUCUCCUGCCUCACAGGGACAGUGUUCAUCUUACACUUCAUCGUGGUUCCUCUGGCCUCCUUUCCUUGGGAUUCCUUCCAGAGCAUAUUCGUCAGGUUGAGCAUGUGGAUGAGCCCACCGAGCCUGCUGGAGCUGGCGGGGCGCAGCCUGCUGCAGGAUGAGGCCUUGGCCAUUGCCGCUCUGGAGGAGCUGCCCAAGGAGCUCUUCCCUCCCCUGUUCACGGUGGCCUUCUUCAGGAGACACAGUGAGAGCCUGAAGGCGAUGGUGCAGGCCUGGCCCUUCGCCUGCCUCCCUCUGGGGGCACUGAUGAAGGAACAGCGGCCUCCCCAGGAGGUCUUCCAAGCUGCGCUGGACGGGCUGGAUGGGCUCCUUGCCCAGGAGGUUCGCCCCAGGAGGUGGAAACUGCAAGUGCUGGAUUUACGGAAGAAUGUUCAUCAGGACUUCUGGACUGUGUGGUCCGGAACCAGGCUCGGUGUGUGCUCGUGGCUGAAGCCAGCCUCGGCCCAGCCCGUGACGAAGAAGCAAAAAGUGGAUGCUUCAAGCACGGUGGCGGCAGAGCAGCCCUUGGCUCCCCUGGAGGUGGUCAUAGAUCUGUCCCUCAAGGAAGGCACCCAAGACGCGCAGCUCACCUACCUCAUUGAGAAAGUGAAGCAGAAGAAAGGUUUGUUGCGCCUGUGCUGUAAGAAGCUGAAGAUAUUUGCGAUGCCCAUGCAGAAUAUUAAGAUGAUCCUGAGUGUGGUGCAGCUGGACUCCAUCGAAGAUUUGGAAGUGAAUUGCUCCUGGAAAUUGUCCACCCUGGGGAAGUUUUCUCCUCUCCUGGGCCGGAUGAGUAAUCUGCAGCGACUCCUCCUCUCCCACAUCCACAUGUCCUCCACGUCCCCGGAGAGGGAGGAGCAGCAUGUCACCCAGUUCGCCUCUCAGUUCCAUUGUCUGCAGCACCUCCAGGAACUCUAUUUGGACUCUAUCUCCUUCCUCAAAGGCCACCUGGGCCAGAUGCUCAGGUGCCUGAGUAACCCCUUGGAGACCCUCUCGAUAACUAACUGCCGGCUGGCAGAAUCCGACUUGACCUAUCUGUCCCAGUGUCCCAACAUCAGUCAGCUGAAGGAUCUGGGUCUGAGUGGUGUCAUCCUGACCAAUAUAAGUCCUAAGCCCCUCCAAGUUCUGCUGGAGAGAACCUCUGCUACCCUCCAGGACCUGGACUUAGAUGAGUGUGGGAUCGUGGACUCCCAGUUCGUCGUCAUCCUGCCCGCCCUGGGCCGCUGCUCCCAGCUUAUGACCUUCAGCUUCUGCGGGAACCGCAUCUCCAUGGCCGUCCUGGAGAGCCUGCUGCACCACACCAUCGGGCUGCGCAAGCUCAGCCACGUGCUGUACCCCGCCCCGCUGGAGAGUUACGAGGACGCCGAAGGUACCCUCCACCUGGGCAGGCUUGCCUACCUGCACGCCAAGCUGAAGCGGAUACUGCAGGAGUCAGGGCGGCCUGGCAUGGUCUGGUUCAGCGCCAACCCCUGUCCUCGCUGUGGGGACAGGACCUUCUAUGACCCGGAGCCCAUCCUGUGCCCCUGUUUCAUGCCUGCCUAG